AUGGAGAACGAAAAGGAAAAUCUCUUUUUCGAGCCACAUAAAAGGGGACUGAUGAAAACACCUCUGAAAGAAUCCACGGCAGCAAAUAUAGUGUUGGCAGAGAUCCAGCCUGACUUUGGCCCUUUAACCACACCCACCAAGCCCCAGGAGAUCUCCCAGGGGGAGCCGUGGACACCAACAGCCAACCUCAAAAUGCUCAUCAGUGCCGUGAGCCCCGAGAUCCGCAACAGGGAUCAGAAAAGGGGUUUGUUUGACAACAGAAACGGAUUACCUGAGGUCAAAGAUUGUUUACAUGAACACUUCUCUGGAGAUGAAUAUGAGAAAUCCCAACCCAGUCGAAAAGAGAAAAGUUUAGGAUUGUUGUGUCAUAAGUUUUUAGCUCGAUACCCUAACUAUCCCAACCCUGCUGUGAAUAAUGACAUCUGUCUUGACGAAGUAGCCGAAGAACUUAAUGUUGAGCGCCGACGCAUUUAUGAUAUUGUCAACGUCCUAGAGAGUCUACACAUGGUGAGCCGGCUCGCCAAAAACAGGUACACUUGGCACGGGCGACACAACCUCAACCAGACCCUUGGGACUUUGAAAAGCGUCGGGGAGGAGAACAAGUACGCCGAGCAGAUUAUGAUGAUCAAAAAGAAAGAAUAUGAACAAGAGUUUGACUUUAGUAAGAGUUACAGUAUAGAGGAUCCCAUCAUCAAAGCAAACAGUGGCCAAAAUGGACACCCAGACAUGUGUUUUGUCGAACUCCCUGGAGUGGAAUUUCGGGCAGCCUCUGUAAACAGCCGCAAAGACAAGUCUUUAAGAGUGAUGAGCCAAAAAUUUGUGAUGCUGUUUUUGGUGUCAACGCCUCAGAUAGUAAGCUUGGAAAUUGCUGCCAAGAUUUUAAUUGGGGAGGACCAUGUGGAAGAUUUGGAUAAAAGCAAGUUUAAAACAAAAAUUAGGAGGUUGUAUGAUAUAGCUAAUGUUCUGAGUAGCCUGGAUCUUAUCAAGAAAGUUCAUGUUACAGAGGAAAGAGGCCGAAAACCAGCUUUUAAAUGGACAGGCCCAGAAAUCAGUCCAAAGCCCAGUGGUCUCAGCCCAGUCCUUCCUUUUACUGCCUCUGAUUUGGAAGCAAGGCGGUCUUCAAAAGAGAACUGUGCCAAAAACCUCUUUUCCACACGUGGGAAACCAAACUUCACUCGACACCCAUCUCUCAUCAAACUGGUAAAAAGCAUAGAGAGUGAUCGGAGAAAGAUAAAUUCUGCUCCCAGUAGCCCUAUCAAAACCCACAAAGCUGAGAGCUCUCAGAAUUCCGCACCUUUCCCAAGUAAAAUGGCUCAGCUCGCAGCUAUCUGCAAAAUGCAGUUAGAAGAGCAAUCAAGUGAACCCAGAAAGAAAGUGAAGGUACAGCUGGUAGGAUCUGGCUGCAAACCUGUGGCCCCUCUGGACACUCCAGCAAAUGCCGAGCUAGAGAUGACGGCACCGUCCCUCAUCCAGCCCCUGGGGGUGGUCCCCCUCCUCCCCAGCCCAUUGUCACCGGCAGUGCCCGUGAUCCUACCUCAGGCCCCAUCAGGCCCAUCGUAUGCCAUCUACUUGCAGCCUGCCCAGGCCCAAACUCUAACGCCACCCCCAGGCCUGAGCCCCACGGUCUGCCCCACCACCUCUUCUAACGCUAUGAGGUCAAAAGACUCUGCUGAUGCCACCGGUGAGAAUGCAGACAGUGACUCCCCAAAGUCCAGUGCAUCCACCAGGCCUGGAAGUUUGCUGCCCGGGCUGGAGAGACAAGGUGCAAAGAACCGAGAGAGGGAGCCAGCUGGAGAAAAAGGCUCAAAGAGGGCGAGCGUGCUCGAGGACAGUGGUUCCAAAAAGAAAUUUAAAGAAGACCCAAAAGCACCUGAAAAUGUCUCCACAACCUUGUUCCCAUCAGGAUACCUAAUCCCUCUCACCCAGUGCUCAGCCCUGGGGGCAGAGUCCAUUCUGUCUAGUAAUGAAAACUCAGGUACACUUUCCCCAAAUCACAGGAUCUACAGCUCCCCGAUUGCAGGUGUUAUUCCAGUGACAUCAUCUGAACUCACUGCUGUUAAUUUUCCCUCUUUUCAUGUAACACCUUUGAAGCUAAUGGUCUCACCAACUUCCAUGGCAGCCGUCCCUGUUGGGAACAGCCCGGCUCUCUCUUCGAGCCACCCAGUUCCCAUUCAGAACCCAAGUUCAGCCAUUGUAAACUUCACCCUGCAGCACUUGGGCCUCAUCUCCCCCGGGGUGCAGGUGUCUGCCAGCCCCGCACCCGGAACUGCUGCCGUGUCGCCAAAAAUAGAGGCUGUUAGUGUCACACCCGAACAUGCAGGCGCUCAGCAAGGAAGGGCCACCAAGUAUGACGCAUCCAUCCUGAGCCAGAGCCAAACAAACGGACAAUCAGCUGUAGGGACAGGGGCACAACAGCCUGUUCCUGUGACACCCAAAGGGCCCCAGCCAGUGGCCGAAAGCUUCUUCCGUACUCCAGGUGGACCAACAAAGCCAGCAGGCUCCACCUGCAUGGAUUUUGAUGGUGCUAAUCACACCUCUGUAGGAACUCUCUUCAUCCCACAGCGAAAACUGGAAGUCUCAACGGAGGAUGUCCAUUAA